AUCACUGUGUCAUGGCCCCAUGAGCGUUCAGGAAAUUUCCCCACGCGGUCACAGGAACCUCCUGAUUUUUUUCUCGGCAAAACGGAUUGAGCGCAGGCAUUUUGAUGAUCGCAUCUACGCGUCCUCGAAACUCUUACUUUAAGAGCCUCAAAUUUUCACCCACUUUUCUUCUCCUCAUCACUCCCAUAAAUAAAUUUCAAGCAAAGAGACUUAGAUAGCUAGAUAGAUAUAUAGCUCUUAACCAACCUACGAUAUGGUGUUUCCCUACACUUCCUCGACUGCCAACUCCAUUUCUAGGGCCCCCUCCCUACCCCCACAUCCGUACCAUCGCUCCGGCCACCCCACAUCAUCGCCCACCGACGGCGUAGCCAAGUGUUCUGCUGUUCGCCGCCUGAUAUUGGUCCUGGUUUGUAUGUUCAUCAUAUUCAGCUGUAUCAUCUCGAUAGCAUGGCUUAUCCUAAAACCCAAAACUCCCCUUUUCAAAGUUGAUUCGCUCAACGUCUCCAACUUUGCUGUCUCUGAAUCACAACAGAUCAUAAGGGGAACGUUUGCCAUCGUAAUCCUCAUGACUAAUCCCAACAAGAAAAUGAACUUGUACUUCGACAAUUUCGAUGCAUUUGUGUCUUACCGGAGAACCCGUCUUUCUAUGACUUCGAUGAAACCUCUCUCUUUGGAGAAGAUGGAACAAACAAGCUUGACUGCCGAGCUAAAAGCAAAUUCGCGUCGCUGUCUGAAGAGAGAGGAGUUGAAGGACUUGGACGGGACGUUAAGGCGCGGGUGGGUUGACUUUGACGUGAACAUGUGGGUUUCAACAACGUUUAGAGCUGGAAAUUGGCUUAGCAUGAAAAGAUCAAUGGUUGUUAAUUGCAAGAACCUCAAGGUUAUCUUCUCAUCUUCUUCUAAAUCAACUGGAAUGCUCGAAGAUCAAAUCGUAGAAAAUUGCGUGGUUGUUUAUUCCUAAUACUAGCUUUGGGCCCGGGAGCUGUUUCUUGAAGUGUUUUUUUGGUGCUGCCUUUCUUUUCUGCUUUUUUGAGUACUUCGAGUCAUUGCCAGCUUUUAGUUGGUCGUUGUUAGUUGUAACUUGUUUCUUGUCUCUUAUUGUUUUAACUUGAGUUUUGUUCAUUUGUUGAAUUAGGUUAAGUUUGGAU